AUGUAUGUACCACCAGGCCAGUCGCCGCCUUUCGAGGUCGUGGACGAGUUGCACCAUGGCGCAUGGUUAAUCAUCACCGCGGCGCUGGGACUGGUGGUUUCCCUCGUUUGCUUCUUGAUCCGGCUGUAUGUGCGACUUAUGUUGAUCCCGCCUUUUGCGAGAGACGAUUGGGUAUUGUUGGGUGCUACUGCCGUCGCUGUCUUGCAAGCGAGUCUUGUAUUCUAUGCCUGUUCUCGUGGUUUUGGGACCUCAAUCUCGCUGCUGGAAGAUGGAAGACUCAAUCAGAUACAGACUUUGAUUGCGACGAGUGAUAUCAUCGCUUUGAUCAUCAUAUAUCUUUCCAAAUGCUGUGUUGUGGCAAUAUAUCUGCGUUUGACCCCGCAGAAACGGCACAAUCGUGCCGCUUGGGCGACUCUGGUUGUGUGCACCCUCUGGGUUAUUCCAGCCAUCUUCAUCGUACUGGUUAAUUGCGAAUUGAAUACACCCUGGCGAGGUGGUGGUGGUCAAUGUCCCAACUUGUAUAAAAAAUGGCAAUAUAUCGCAGCUGUCGACGUCAUGACCGAGGUUAUUCUCUUCAUACUUGCAGUCAUUUUACUAAAGGGCCUGUUCAUGUCCGUUCGUCGGAGACUUGCCAUUGGCUUCGCAUUCAUCUUCCGCUUUCCCCUCAUAAUACUCUCGAUAAUCCAUAUCUUAUCCCUUCGCACCGCACUCAAAAGCGAUGAUACAACCCUCGCCUCCGUCGAACCAACAGUCUGGAUGCAAGUCGAGCUGCACUAUGCCCUAGUCGCAUGUAGCGUCUUCUGUAUUCGCCCUUUCAUGGCAGCCGUCAGCACGAAUUACGGUACAGCAGGCGACUCGACGCUGGAAAGCAGUGCAUCCAGAUCAAACACAAAGGAAGGCUCCAAGGGAUCUGGAUCGGGCUCCAAUGCAGAUCAAUCUUCGAGAUCCGCCUCACGAGCAACAAGAUCAAGAUCACAUUCGCAUAUGAGGCAUAAGAGACCCGGAACCGCUAUUGGUCCUGUUGGUAUGCAUGCCUCUGGCUCGCGAAAGGCCAAGACUCGAACCAUUAAAGCGCACGGUGCUCUGAUCUCCAAGAACCAAUGGAGAAAAGACGCGGAUAUUAGACAUGAAGAGCGCGUACCAGUGUGCCGCUCCAUGUUCCCACUUGGGACAUGGGAGAGCUAUCCCAAGUUGGAAAGGGGGAAACAGAAACACGGGGCGCAGGGCUCUGAUUCGACAGAAACAGAUUUAAUCGAACUCGUGCCCAGGCCGCAUACUCAACAUUCGCAUGAACCGAGUGGAGAUUCUGCUGGUGAGGAUCGGAUGGUCAUUCGGAAAGAAGUGCGCUAUUCAAUCCAAUAUGAAGAUGAAAAUCGGAUUGCGAAGGAUGAAAAAGCUCACGAUGCUUCCGCUUAUGUAUAG